AUGCUCUGCGCCCUAUGCACUGCGCCCUAUGCUCUGCGCACUUUGCCCUGGUUUCUAUUCCCCUUCUCGCCAAACCUCCACCCGCCCCCGCCCUUUCCAACCCCUACCCCUCAUGGUUGUCCUCUUCCUCCCUUUCCCCCACCCGUUCUCUUCCUCCUGCAUGAGGCAGGGAGGGAGGGCAGGAAAAAGGAAUUUGAGGGGGGAGUGUUGUCCAUUGCUGCAUGUCUCAACCUCUCAUGUGUGUCUCACCCCUCCCCCUCUCCCCUCUCCCCUCCUCAUUCCUUUCUCUCUGACGGCCGAGCCCUUCCCCCGUUCCUCCUCUCCCCCUCUUUGCUCUCUGACAUGCUUCCCCUUUCCCUUCCCCCCUGCUUCCCUCUUCCCCCUCCUCUUCCCUAUCUCCCCUGUUUGACUAUUUUCUUGUCCCCCCUCCCCAUAUUCCCUCCCUCUCCCUGGCUAUUGCAGUGA